GAGGCGGAGGCCGGGGCCGGGCGGGCUUCCCGCCGGCGGCGCCUGCGCACGGCGGGGCCGCUGCCGGUUGGUGCCGGCGCUCCGCAGUGGGGGAGCGGCGGGCGCGGAACCGGGGCCGGUCCCAGUGCCAGUCCCAGUCCCAGCGGAGCCGCGGCGGGCGCGGGGAGCAGCGGGCGCAGCCAUGUCUGUGGUGGGCAUCGACCUCGGCUUCCUCAACUGCUACAUCGGCGUGGCGCGGAGCGGGGGCAUCGAGACCAUCGCUAACGAGUACAGUGACCGCUGCACCCCAGCAUGUAUAUCUUUAGGAUCCAAGACCCGAGCCAUUGGGAAUGCAGCAAAGAGCCAGAUUGUCACAAAUGUAAAAAAUGCAUUACAUGGUUUCAAAAAACUGCAUGGAAGAGCAUUUGAAGAUCCUUACAUACAAGCUGAGAGGGCCAAACUUCCCUAUGAACUUCAGAAGAUGCCUAAUGGCUCCGUGGGAGUAAAGGUGAGAUACCUUGAUGAAGAGAGACUUUUUGCAGUUGAACAGAUUACAGGAAUGUUAUUGGCCAAACUGAAAGAGACUUCAGAAAGUGCUUUGAAGAAGCCAGUGGCAGACUGUGUGAUCUCAGUCCCUAGUUUCUUCACUGAUGCUGAAAGAAGGUCUGUAAUGGCAGCUGCGCAGAUUGCAGGAUUAAAUUGUCUGAAGCUGAUGAAUGAAACUACAGCAGUUGCAUUAGCCUAUGGAAUAUACAAGCAAGAUCUGCCAGCCUUGGAAGAGAAGCCAAGAAAUGUGGUCUUUGUAGAUAUGGGACAUUCUGCAUAUCAGGUUUCCAUCUGUGCUUUUAACAAGGGAAAACUGAAGGUCUUGGCUACUACCUUUGACCCUUUUGUAGGUGGUAGGAAUUUUGAUGAGGCUUUGGUAGACUACUUCUCUGAAGAAUUUAGGACAAAAUACAAACUGAAUGUAAAAGAGAAUCCGCGAGCACUGUUGCGAUUGUAUCAGGAAUGUGAAAAGCUCAAGAAGCUUAUGAGUGCAAAUGCUUCUGACCUUCCACUCAAUAUUGAGUGCUUCAUGAAUGACCUUGAUGUCUCCAGUAAGAUGAACAGAGCUCAGUUUGAGCAAUUGUGUGCUGCCCUUCUGGCCAGAGUGGAGCCUCCUCUAAGAGCAGCCAUGGAUCAAGCAAAACUUCAGCGUGAAGAUAUCUACAGUAUAGAAAUAGUAGGUGGGGCUACUAGAAUUCCAGCAGUGAAGGAACAGAUCUCUAACUUUUUCUGUAAAGAGAUAAGCACCACGCUAAAUGCUGAUGAAGCUGUUGCAAGAGGCUGUGCCUUGCAGUGUGCAAUUCUUUCCCCAGCUUUUAAAGUGCGUGAGUUUUCCAUCACAGAUGUUGUUCCUUACUCUGUAACAUUGAGAUGGAAAUCAUCUUAUGAAGAAGGAACAGGGGAGUGUGAAGUCUUCAGUAAGAAUCAUGCUGCUCCAUUCUCAAAAGUAAUUACUUUUCACAAGAAAGAACCUUUUGACCUGGAAGCUUAUUAUACCCAUCCGCAUGAAGUGCCUUAUCCUGAUUCCAGAAUAGGGCGUUUCACUAUUCAGAAUGUUGGUCCCCAACCUGAUGGCGACAGUUCCAAAGUGAAGGUGAAGGUGCGUGUCAAUAUCCAUGGCCUUUUCAGUGUGGCUAAUGCUUCCAUAAUAGAGAAGCAGAACAUAGAGGGGGAUCACAACGACACACCCAUGGACACUGAAUCAUCAAGUAAGAACCAAGGCAGAGAUGAAGAGCUGGAUAAAAUGCAGGUUGAUCAAGAAGAAGGUGUGCAGAAAAGUCAAGCUGAACAACAGAACCAAGCAGAUGAGGAAACUGAAAAUGCUGGAACCGAAACAAAAGCUUCUUCUGGAGAAAAGCAAGAUCAUCUAUCCCAGCCAAAGGCUAAAACAAAAGUUAAGAGUAUUGACCUCCCUAUACAGGCAAGCCUCUAUAGGCAACUGGGACAAGAUCUAAUCAAUUCCUAUAUAGAAAAUGAGGGGAAGAUGAUGAUGCAAGACAAGCUUGAGAAAGAAAGAAAUGAUGCUAAGAAUGCUGUUGAAGAGUAUGUGUAUGAAUUCAGAGACAAGCUGUGUGGAGUCUUUGAGAAAUUUAUCACUGAAGAAGAUUCAAACAAGCUGACCUUGAUGUUGGAGGACACCGAAAAUUGGCUUUAUGAAGAUGGAGAGGACCAGCCAAAACAAGUAUACAUGGAUAAGCUUCAGGAACUAAAAAAAUUUGGACAGCCUAUUCAGGAAAGAUGCGUGGAACAUGAAGAGAGACCAAAAGUUCUAAAUGAACUGGGAAAGAAGAUUCAGCUCCUUAUGAAAGCAGUAGAAGCAUACAAAAAUAAGGAUGAAAAAUAUGAUCACCUAGAUCCUGCUGAGAUGGAAAAAGUUGACAAAUACAUCAAUGAGGCUAUGAAUUGGUUGAACAGCAAAAUGAAUGCCCAGAAUAAACUAAGUCUGACUCAGGAUCCAGUUGUGAAAGUGGCAGAAAUACUGGCAAAAUCUAAGGAAUUGGAUAGCUUCUGUAAUCCCAUUAUAUACAAGCCCAAACCGAAGAUAGAACCUCCCAGUGAUGGGCAGUCAAAAGCUAAUGGUGAACACAAUGGACCAGUGAACGGACAGAGCGGUACUGAAACAAAACCUGAACCAGGAAAGGACAACCCUCAGCAGACCAAACCCUCUGGAGAAAUGGAAGUGGACUAAAUUUUGCAUUUCUUUUACUUAAUUAAAAUAGUGCAAGUAACCACAGGGUCCAUUCUUUUUGUCUGGUACACACCUCAGAUGUUCAGUUAUUCUUAGCCAAACUUCUGUCAUUUGUUGAUGAGUAGUUUUGAAAGUGUUUUAUAUUAAGUACACCUCUGAUGUUCAUUUCCACUGAUGCUGCUUAUGUGGAGCUUUAGCCAAAUGUAGAUUGUAUAAGUCAGUUUAAGCUUUCCUGAUAUAUUUUAUAUCAAACAUACAGAAUUGAUAUAUAAAUGGCAACAAUCUACCUUAUUUAAAGCUUUUAUUGUGAAUAAACCUCAGCUCCUUUAUUCAGGAAAGGAUACUGUAUUGCACUACUGAUGCUCAAGUGUAGAUCUAAUCGCAUCAUUAUUUUGGAAAAAUAUUGGAAUUGAAGUGGCAAAAGCUGUCACUUGAAGCACUGACCUUUUCUAGUUAUUGUAUUGUUAUAAUUUAAAUAUUAAAAUAGAGGUUAGUUGGCAUACCAGUCGAUCUUGUUAACGUACCAUGAGAAUUGUACGGUCUUUUUCAUAUAAACUGAAUAAUACAAGCUUAAAUGUGUUUCUUUUUUUAGGUUCCCGUACCACUAACAAUCUUAGUUACAAACAGCUCCAGUAUAGUGGCUCUGCCAUGUGCUGAAAUUCAUGGUCUUGGUGCACACCGCUGUACAUAAUGUACUGUGCUUAUGAUAGGAUGAUGCUAAUGAUAAUAGGAUGAAAGGUUAGAAUUCACAAGGCCUGUUGUGUAGCUUUCCCUUGAAAAUGUCUUAUUGCACUUGUUACUAUUUCCACUUGUUUUGUUUUGAAUUAAAUUUACAUCGUGUCUCAUGCUGGGAAGGAGAAACAACAGAAAUGGUGCUGCACAAGCUGGAUAUCAGCACCCUGAUUUUGAGUUUGCUUAAAUGCUGUUUAGUGCAGUCUUGAAAGAAAUGCUGAGAACUUAUUUAAGCGUUGGGAUUCAGCAUGUAAAGCUUUUGGUCUAGGACCAAAACAAAAACUGGAUAUUACUGCUGCAAAGAUGGAAUCUACUUGAUGAACUUGCAUAGCUUACCACUUAUUUUUGGUCGUUUAGUUAUCUAAUGAAAGUGUCUACAAUGUAUUGCUAUUUUCUUUGAUACAUCUUAAACACUGUCAGAGUCCAGUGUAUGUUCCUGUAUUCCAAAUGCAUCUGUCGGUCACCAAGGUACUGUAGCACUUGCUAGAGCCAGUCACUGUUGACUUCAAACAACUUCUCUAUUACCAGAAUGGGAAUGGGCUAUUCUAACUAUGAAAAGUGGUUUCUGAUUCCAGUCAGCAUAAGAAACUGGGAUUAGUUGCAGUGUAAUGCUUCGGUGACUUGAACUGUGUUGCAGAAACAAAUUUAGGUGUGUUCAGGUGUUAAUUAGGCACUCCUGCAGCAGUUCUCCUGUGUGAGGUGUUGCUGUUGUAAACAAGUGAAGAAUCGUGAUCUUGUUUCUGGCUUUGGCAGCCAUUUUAUCUCCAGCCAUGUCCUUCAUCUUCCAUCACUGUUCAUACUACAAAAAGUAAUCCAUGACCAGUAGUAGAAGUAAAUUAAACUCUCACAUAUCUUCACAGAAAAAGGAAGCACCAUUUACAGCUGUACAUAAACCUGCUAGACUAGUUCAGGUUCUAGAAUUGCAUCUUCAUGACUGACAUCAAGUGACUGAAAUGAACAUGCUUUGCUCUACUGACUGUUGCUCCUCCAUGCACGCAAGUGUGGAUGAGCUGACACCGUAAGUUUACAUAUGUAAAGUCCUUGAACAAAAACAGUGACCUUGAAGAGCUGCUCUGCAGCCACUCUGCAACCUCAGUCUUGAAUUCUGCCACUCUAGUCACACCUCUGGCACUGAGGGGGUGACUGUACUUCAGCAUCAGUUGUCCUAAGUUUAAGUCAGUAAUGACUGAGCUAGCUUUGGUCCUGUAGGCUUUUAACACCAUUAAUAUCUUUUUGACUUUUACCACAGCAGUGUAAUGAGUAGCAUUCUUAAGUACUGGCUUAAAAUCCAUCUACACGUUAAUUUGUCUAGUAGACUUCCUGAUGCCUGGCAGAAGAGCUCACACAGCAGAAAUCUGUGCAAGAACAGAGUAUCUUCUGCUCAUGGUCAUCAGAAGCUUAAUACUACAUUAGAAAUGUUUGAAGCAAUUCUUAGGAUAAUGUCUAGAACAGCAUGCUUAAAAGCAGAUAUGGUUCAGACAAACAAUUGUAAAGUUUUCUUACUAGGAUAGGGUUUUUUUGCUAUGCAUCUGGUCUGUCUCUAGAUCCUUGGUGAAGAGGAAUGCUGCCCACAGACUGCGAACAGCAUCCGGUUGCUGAGGUACAUGUUAGGAAUCCCUUUGAGGAUUUGAGUUGUUCUUUCCACAGUGAGCUUCACAUUAAAAUAUGAUUUGUUAAUAUGUAAUCUGUUUUCUGUUACAAAGAGGAGAUUUUACCAAGGCAGAUCUAAGAUUAAGUACUUACAUAAGCUAUGCACAACUUGAAUGUGAGGCUUUGUGUGUCAGACUCAAAAAGUGAGUUACCCUGUGGCUACUCUGACAGCACCAGAAUGACUAUCUUUGCAACAUAAAAUUUGUUAGGAAACCAACAGUAGUGUGCUACUCUGCAUCUGGGAUAUUUUAAAAGCAAGUACUUGUCAAUAAUGUCUUAUUUGGAACUUUCUGUUGAGGGCAAGAUACAUCUUGAAUGUUUGAAAAUGUUCCCUUAAACAUUUGAAAAUGUUUUCAUUUUGAAACAUCCCACAAAAACAAAAAAAAAUGAAGUGACACUAUCUUUGUAAAGGCAGUAGAGUUUGUUGUUUUUUUUUUUUAAAUUACAGUAAUCACAUAGUUACAAACCAGCAGCAAUACUUUGUUUCAUUUUACUAAUAAGAUCUUUCUUUCAAGAGGACUGAUUCUCUCCUGUAUGGACCUUUAAUGGACUUAUUCAAGAAAUGGCUUUAAAAUAAUUUUUGUUAAUUUUCUUUACUAAACUAAGUUGCUGCUAGCUAUUGUACAACUGAUUCAUGGGUUCCUUUCCAUGUUUUUUAUUAUAGUACUUCAGAAUUUCGGGAGUUGCUUCAAGAUUCAUGCAGAUGUAAAAAACCAGAUUUUUAACUAUACAUUUAAGUUAAGCUUUUAUACAGUUCUUUCUUUAGGCUGCUGCUCCAUGACAAAAUACCCCACUAGGAGCUGCCUGCCUUGUUUGGUCUGAAUUUGAAUAAAGACUCCUCUCCCUUGCUUGCUCCUGGCAGUGCCCUUCUUCCAAUGUUUAAAUACUGCCUUUGGGGCACGCUUGCAAAACUUGGAGAGGGCAGUUGGGAGAAUCCUCAAAGGCCCUUUGGGUGAAAAACCCAGUUGCCUCACAAGAUCAUGUGGUAGCACAAGGUGCCCCUGUCUCUGGUAUGGCAGCAUGGGACAGGAACCGCAGUGACUGGAGUGCAGCUGCAGCGUACUGUAUGCCUUGUAGUGUGUGGGAUGAAGGUUUUGCUUCUUCCAUGCAAAAUUAGAAGCUGUUGAUGUAAAGCAUCCACUCUGUUGGUAGGAUUCCUUUGUAUCUUCAACAUUUGAAAUUCUGUAAUGUUUUUAAAGAUCUCAGUGUGCUGAACUCCCACCUCUGCUACAGAUUGUUACACUGUUCUUCAGUAUUCUAUAUUUGAAGUGGGGAUUUUCCUGUAAGGAUUAUGUUGAAGCGUAAUUUCAGGAAACAAGCAAGGACCUGGCAGGAGACUUUUCUUCCUAUGUAUUUUUUGACACCAGUGCGAAAACUUUACAGCCUUAACAAACCUUGGCAUCUACACUUCUCAGAGCUCUGUCAAAGCAUCAAAACAUGAAGCUGUGUUGCAAAUGUGCUGCAUUUGCUGGUUCAAAGCACCUACCCAGUUGCUGUAGGAAAAGAUGCUAAAUUCAAUUCCCAUAGAUUAGAACCUCUUUCCUCAAAAUAGGACUUUCAUUGCUGUGUAACCACACUGUAAUACUUCAAUACACUGACUUCUGUGAGCCCUUCUAAAGUGAAGCCCCAAUGCCCAACCUUCAGUUGUGGAUCAGUAUUAAGGUCUGCAUGUUCUAAGGAUGCUUACAUUAGCUGCCACUAGCUGAGUUUAUAAGUGGAUGAAGAAAUAUUCUGGGUUUUGUUACUUGUAAGUUUUCUAGUCUUUCAGGCACCAGGAGACAUAACCUCUCUGUCAAAAGAGGUAGUAAAAAACAUGUUGCUUAACAGAAGGUGUUAAUGCCUCAUAAAUUUUAAGUUCAGCUCCCAAGAUAGCAUUUGGAGUAUAAACACAAGCUCUCAGUAGCUAGAGACUGUGUGGUGGCUGACUCUUAGCUGAAUUCUUAAUUCUCCAGAGUUGAAAUUUGAAGACUUCAGCCACUUCCUACACAUGUAAAUAACAGUGAAAACAACAAAAUGUGACUAUUAGCACUGCAGAAUACUAAACCAGGAAUGUGCUCAAUGUGAUUUCCCUAAUACAGAUGCUAAACUGUGUUUUCCUUUUCCUUCCUGGUCAGAAGGAAAUAAUUUCAAGCAGUGAAAACCAGGAAUCAUUGCAUUGAAAUCGAUGAAGAAUCAUUUUAAACAAAAAUGUAGUUAAGAGCUAUACCCACCAGCCACCUUUACAAAGUGUUGAAAUGGUUUAUUUAAGUUGAUUUUAAAAGGUGGUACUCUCUGAAUGUUGCAUAGUUGGAAAAGUUUGUUUACAAAGUCUAUAAACAUAUCUCCACAGGUUGAAGGGGGAGGAGAUGGAGGUGUCAGAAUUUAAAGCGGUGUUAAGGUAUGCAAAAUGUUUACUAUGUAUGUAAAUGGGAUUAUUAGUAGAUCAUGUGCAAAUUGACAAUACUUCAAUUUAUUUUUGAAUGGCAAUAUAGAUUGUCAAGGUUGUGUAUAAUUAUAAUAAAUAUAUAAACCGCUACUUGAACCAUAAAUGACCACCCAAGAUUUCAUUUUUACAUCAGUGUUCUGAUGUCAUGGAUUGAAAUUUAUGUUUGUACAAAAUACCACAGGUAAGAAAUAGGCAUUUUUGGUGGCUUACCUGUCCUGCUUAGUUAGGUGUGGCUUCUCUCUUUCUUCUCUGUCCCAGUCAGCUGUAGCCUCUCUUCUGGCAAAUUCCAUCAAAUUCCACUGACAAGUUACCUAUGAACACGGACUCCUCACUCCACCUGCUGCAGCCCAGACAUUGCACUGCUUUGCCUCUGGGGAGCUCCAGUUAUUUUCACAGCUGCCAUCACAUUUAUAUGUUUGGCUGAGUACAGUUAGCCAAGUUUCAAGUAAUCCAUCUCUCAAAAAUUAUUUAUUGCAACAUACAAGUCCAAGGUAGUUUUCCUGUGCCUUGAACUGCUUGGGGAAAUUGAUGGUUUGGGGUGCUGUUGGUUCUCUGAGCAGAUCCCAAGGUGCAGCAGGAAAGCAGCAGCCUGUGGGAUUACUCUGGGAAUUCUUUUAUGUGUUAGCAGUGUAAUGGGAAUCCCUCUAUCCAACAAGAUGUGGACUGUAGAAUUCUGCAUAACCUAUACAAAAGUACCAAAACACAACACGAUUCAACAUGUUCAUUUCCAUCUUACUCAGUACACUUUAAGAGCUUCUCAAAGUCUGCAUUUCUUCCAGGCUUUGUACAUGUGGAUCUCAAUAAAUAGUCUAAUAAAAUAUUUCAACUAUAUUCAUUUCACAGGCCAGGUUUGGGAUUUAGAGGUGGGGAAAGGUCCUUCCUAUUAAAAACCUGUAUGCUUAUAUGUAUGUAUACAUGCACAUAUAUAUGUGCAUAUGUGCAAAAGGUACACUCUAAAAAUCAACUCCGUGUGCUUAACAGCCAGUAUAGGGGAAAAUAAUGCCCUUAACCUACUGUGCUCUCUGAGCAUCUCAGACUACUGUGAAAGGAUGUUCACCAUCAAGAGGUUCCUCUGCAGAAGAGGAAGAUCAACUAUUCUGGCAAAAUUAGGUGAACAUGAAAAGAAUCAUACAAUAGGCUUAGCUGGAAAGGACCCACAAGAAUUGUCGAAGUCCAACUCCUGGCCCUGCACAAGACAGCCCCAAAAGUCACACCAUGUGCCUGAGAGCAUUGUCCAAAUGCUUCUUGGACUCUGUCAGGCUUGGUGCUGUGACCGCUUCCAUGGGGAACAUGUUCCAGUGCUCAAAUACCCACUGGGUGAAGAACCUUUCCUAAUAUCCAACUUAAACCUUCCCUGACACAGCUUGAUGCCGUUCCCUUGGGUCCUGCCAGUUGAAGGUAGCCAGCUGAAACUCUCAAGGAAUUAAAGACACAGACAUGAUGUCAUGCUAAUGGCAUUGCCACCAAAAUUCUGAAAUACAUUGUGAGAACCUAGAUUUCAAAUUUUGCCUGAAAAUCAGCUUCUCUGGCAUUGUAAUAUCCUAACACUGCCUCAGGUGGUAGACUCAGUGCAGUUUCAGGCAGAAAAGAGCUGCUUGCAGAAUAUAAACCAUUUAUUCACAGAGAUUUUAUGUGUUUAUCAUAGAGCUUGUGAAACAAGAGUGUCCCAGUGAUCAUUACCAUGGCUGCAAGUAAAUAUUAUCCUUUCCUUUCUCAACCUAGUUCUGUCCUACAUUCUUCAUCCUCCCUACAAAUAGCAGUGUGCUCUUCCUUUUAUAAGGUUAAUUGGAUUUUCAGUAGUGCUGAAGUACUUGCAAUCCAAAGAAGAAAAUGACACUUUCUAUAGCAAGUACAACAUUUAAAAACUACUAGUCAACAAUAUUUUACUUGCAAAUUGCUUCAGAAAAUACCUUUAUCCUCACAUCAAAUAACACUCCAGAAAUAAAAAUGGACAUUUUACAAGUAUUGAACAAAAAAAAGUCAGUUUGUAUGACUACUUCAUCUCCAAAGGAGAGUGAAGCAAUGCAGUCAAGUUACACAACAUCUACAACAGGGGCAAAACAUGCUAUGUUCCUGGGGCCAGAACCAUCCUCAACACCAGGAAGGCAAGACACCUGCAUAAAAAUCCUAGGCAAGAGCUUUGAGUUCCUCCUGGAGAGUGUGUCAGCAGCCAGCAUAAGGGAUACUCUUGGAAGAUAAUAACAACAAAGCAAAACAGCAAACAUUUGUCUUGACAAUACUAAAGGGAGAUGUGGCCCAAGAAGUUUCCUUUCUCAAUGAAAAAUAACCUCUCCCACUUUACUUGCUCUUUUUGCAUCCUUCAAAACUUCCAGGAAUCUGUUGCAAUAAAUAUUCCCCAUCUACUCCAUCAUCUACCUGCACUGCCUUGUCUGCAAGACCAAGACAGAACAAAUAUCCUUAUGAAAUUUUAUAUGGCAAUUUUAGCAUAGAGAGUGAAGAUGGGAAAUGAGAUCUGGGAGGCAAAGGUCACUCUAUGGUGGCUUUUCUAAACCUGUGCUUUGCAAAGUCACAGAUGAAAUAAUAACCACACAAGCUCUUGCAAGUUCUUAUUAAGUAAGGAUUAACAACCUGCUCACCAGGUAUUCGGAAAAGUCAGUGGCAUUGCCUUUGCAGCUUUUGAGUGCGAAUUUACCAGGAAUAAGCAACCCGGCUUAUCAAUUGCUUGUGUGUUCUAUACUCAUUUAACCAUUUCACCCAAUACAUGACAAAAAUACCCUCCAGCCUGUAUUAGUGCCUGACGCUCUCAGAAAGCUCAGGCAGAUAAACACUCAAACAGCAUGAGGGAGUACAAAAAACAGUAGUUCCAUACAUCUUCUACCCAACAUCUACUGAAUUUGUGUUUCAAGUCUGCACUCUGUUAGAAGACUACCUGUUAUAAGCUCUGGGUAUUCUAAUACUCAGAAAACAAAAUCUAGAUGAAAAUAAAGACAAAUCACAUCCCAAAAAGAUCUCUCUACAUAGCACUGAGUAAACUGUAUGAGUAGGUACAUUCACACAGUAGCAAUAGCCAGUUUCACAGACAUCUGAUGGUAUUAACUCCAAACUGUCCACUUUCCUUAACAUACCCGUGAAAUGUAUUUCCUUUUUGCACUUUUUAUUUUUCCUCUCUCUUAGAAAUUUAUUUUAUAAAUUGCAUCAAAGUUCUUCAGUUCAAAUAAAAAACUCUCCCUGUUGCUUUUUCAAAAAUAACAUGAAGUUCACAAAUCUGUGAAUUGGACAUCAAGUUCAAUUCAAUCAAUUUCACAAAAAAACUCCCUGUGGCUUUUUCAAAAAUAACAUCAAGUUCACAAACACCAAAUAAAGUUUACCAGGCUGAUAUUUCUGGGCUUAAAAUGAUAGUGAAGGAAGUAUUCAGUGUCAAACAGAAGCAAGCUGUCUACCAUGGGAAACUUUCAUUUUCUUCUAUAUAUAUGACAUACACAAUUAUAAAUAUAAUUUGACAGGUAGAAAUAUAAAAUGUAUCUAAAUUCACUCAGUUGCCAAGAAUAUGGAAAUUUUAAAGAUCAUUAUCCUACAACUUUAAAUAACAAAUAUAGUAUUUGCAUUUGUCUUUGCUUGCAAGGAAAUAAACAGCCACAGUCCAAUUUGCUAAAUUCCCAUGACACUGCUUUUUCAAGACAAACUAACUGAGCUCAGACAACAGAAACUUAUUUUUCAGUAUUAUCUUGGUGAUAAAACAAGCCAUUAGAGAAGUAUUUGUCUGCUUUCCUUUAAUAUCAUGUCAGAAAAAAACACCACAACGUUUGCCACAAAAAGGGCACUAAGAAAUACCAUUUGUCUUAAUAUGCUAAACUGUGGAUCAAAAUCCUUUUUUAAAGAGCUGGACAAAUGCAAAAAUUACAUCUUUAUGCUCAGGAGAAAUUUUGUUUCCAUGGAUAAUAUCAACAAACAAAUUUUCAAAACCAAAAGAGCAGACAUAUGCCCUGAUGGGGAAGGAUGUACUGAAAUAAAGGGGAAAAAAUAUUUUAGUCGGACAUACUACAAUGUAAUUAUAUUUUGUUGAGGAAGCCUUCAAAUCUCACACUGCAUCCGUUGUUAUGCUCUUCAAAUCCACCUGAAUGAACUUAGCAGAUAUCAGUGCGCAAGGGAUUCAGCUUCCUUGCAAAUCUAGCUGCUUGCUCAGUAACUAAGUGCUAAUUACAGCUAAAAAUUUACAAAAAUAACUUCAAAGGUAGUCAAUCAAAAUUUCUGACAUAACAGCCUAGGGUAAUACUGAAUAGAUUUGUAUUUAAAUUGGUUAUUAGCUCUAGAUAUUAGCUCUAGCAGUGUUGCUAUGCAGAAAAAUCUGUCCUCUACUUUUCAGCUUGUAUCCACUUUACAAGGCAGAACAUCACUCGUAAGGGGAUGUGAUGCAAGUGCUAACCUGUAAGUAUCUGCACUGAUUUGAAACUCCUUCAUCUCUCCUGUGGUGAUGUUUUCACUUUUGUAUCAUGAAUUCCUUUCAUUGAUGUAAGCGAGGUUUGUGAAGAUUGUGCAAUGAAUUUAAUGAUAAUUCUAGACCUAGCCAGGUCUUCUUAAUAAACAGUUCAAAUACCAAGA